GCACCGGCUUUUUGUGUCAACUCAUCGUUUCCAUUCGUUGCCGACGACGAAGCAAUCCUGGCGCUUUUCUGCCGCACCGUUGGCCGUUUCAUUUCGCAGCAAUCUCCGAUUCCGACGAAGCGCAUCAUCCUCCGCACGUUCCGCACCGCAAUGACCGCCGACAAAGCCCAGCACGUCCUGCCGAACACGCAGCCCAUCGUGGAGCUGGAGUGCGCACCGGCGUUCAAAGCGCUCACCGAGAAGGAGAAGCUGUACGCGCACCAUUUUAGCCAGGCUUCGUGGACGGGUGGGUUGAUUGCGUUGGUGCAGUCGAGCCCGGAGGCGCCGUUGAUCUUUUCGCUGCUGCACCGGAUCUUCCUGGGGGAAGGGCAGGACCAGCUGCGGAAGGCCGCCGUUGAGGCGGGCGUCAGCGAGGAUGAGUUCACCGCCUUUCAGGUGUACGCGUGCGGCUUUCUGGCCAACGCCGGCAACUACAAGGGCAUGGGCGACAGCAAGAUCGUGCCGAAUUUGGACGAGGACAAGUUCGAGUUGGUGGUGAAGAGUUCGGCGGCGUACAAGGCGAACGCGGAGGUCAUUGGGGCUCUGUGGGAGCGGACGCGCAAGCCGAUCUACCUGCUGACGGAGCGAACCAAGACGCUGGGACUGUGCGAUCAGGGCAUUACGACGUACUUUUCGUCGAACGUGACGCGGGAGGACACGGAGCUGAUCAGCGAGUGGAUGAAGGAGAACAAGUUCGAGGCGUACAUCUGCCGGACGUUCAAGACGGAGGAAGAGGGCAAGACGGUUUACAACAUCAAGCUGGCGUCGGCCGAGGAGGGCGAGAAGGAAGGACUGACGAAGGGUGCGGUCGAGUACAAGGGUUGUACGUUCAAGAUCACCCGCGGAGACUACCGCGAGUUGAUGCAGAAGGUGGCGGAAGCGUUGACGGAGGCGAACAAGCACUCGGCGAACGAAAAUCAGCGCCAGAUGAUCGACAGUUACGUGCAGAGCUUCACGGAGGGAAGUUUGGACGCGCACAAGACGGGAUCGCGGUACUGGAUCAAGGACAAGGGACCGGUCAUUGAGACGUACAUCGGGUUCAUCGAAACGUACCGGGAUCCGGUGGGUCAGCGAGGCGAGUUCGAAGGUUUCGUGGCCAUGGUGAACAAGGAGAUGUCGGCCAAGUUUGGCACGUUGGUCUCGAACGCGGAGAACUUUAUCAAGCUGCUUCCGUGGGGUGAAGACUACGAAAAGGACAACUACCUUAAGCCCGACUUUACCUCGCUCGACAUCCUGACCUUUGCAGGAUCGGGCGUUCCGUGCGGCAUCAACAUUCCCAACUACGACGAAAUCCGCCAGGACGAGGGCUUCAAGAACGUCUCGCUCGGAAACGUACUCGCCAACACCAACAAAACGGACUCGAUCCCGUUCCUCUCCGACGAGGAUCAAGCCCUCCUCAAGAAAUACAAAGCUUCAGCGUUCGAAGUCCAGGUCGGUCUGCACGAACUGCUCGGCCACGGCAGUGGAAAACUGCUGCGCGUCAACGAGAAGGGCGAGUUCAACUUUGACAAGGAAAAGGUCCGCAACCCGUUGACCAAGGAACCCGUCACCUGCUGGUACGAACCCGGAGAAACGUACGACUCCAAGUUCAAGUCGAUCGGCUCCAGCUACGAAGAGUGCCGCGCCGAAGCCGUCGGCCUCUACCUUAGCCUCAACCGGGACAUCCUGAAAAUCUUCGGCCACACCGACGAGCAGGAAAUCGACGACAUCAUCUACGUCAACUGGCUCCUGCUGGUCUGGGGCGGCGUCGGAGUCGCCAUGGAACUCUACAACCCAACCCAAAAGGCCUGGCUCCAAGCCCACUACCAAGCCCGCUUCGUCAUCAUGAAGGUCCUGCUCGAAGCCGGCGAAGGUCUCGUCAGCGUGGAGGAAACCGAACCAAACAAAAACCUCCUCCUCAAGUUCGACCGCACCAAGAUCGACACCGUCGGCCGCGAAGCCAUCCGCACCUUCCUCCUCAAACUCCAGUAUUACAAAUCGACCGGCGACAUUGUCGGCGCGACCAAGAUGUACAACCACUAUUCGGAGGUGACCGAAGGCGAAGACGCGCCCUUCCCGUGGGCCAAGUGGCGUGACAUCGUGCUGCUGCACAAGAAGCCCCGGCUCAUCUUCGUGCAGGCCAACACGGAGUUGGACGAGGCUGGCGCGGUGCAGCUGAAGAGCUACGAGUCCACCUUCGACGGGUACAUCCGGUCGUGGACGGAUCGGUUCCCCAGCGCCGACAUUGACGACGUGCUCGAGCGGAUCUACGAGCAGGACAAGCAGUACUUCCGGGAUUUGCUGUGAGGUUGAACGAUUGAACGAUUUUGCUAUUUACUACUUUAGAAGAUACGACACCACGCUGAUGAUGUGGUGGAAAUGAUGCAUUGAAUUUAACAAUAAAAUUGAUUUACAAAAAA